UAACAUAUGUUAAAUUUCAACGUUAAGAUUUUCUAACUAGUCUUACAAUUAAAUUAUAUUUCAUUUGCCUACAAGCCUGAAAAUUAGAAAACCUUUUAGAUAAAUUUAAUAAAACAGAAUAAGCAAAUUCACCGAAAACGACUAUGCCCGAAGAUACGAAAAAGUCUUCACAAAAAGGCAAAAGUGAUCCUAAAGAGCAGCGACGAAAACGACAGGGCCGGCAUAAUGCUGCUCCUGUUGAGAAGAAAAUAGAAAAAGUUCCGGAAGCACCAAAAGUUGUAGAGCCAGAAAAACCAGUGUAUGAGCCCCCUGGACCAGAAUUUUACCAGAGUCUAAAAAGAGAAACUGACGAGAUAUUAAAAAUCACUGAAGAAGAAAGAAAAUAUAAGAAAAAAGAAAUUAAAAGCAAUUGGGCUAAGUAUGAAAUGCCAAUUGAGAGCUAUGACGAAAUUGAUGAACAAGAAAAUCUAGGAGCUGACUAUGAGGCUCUGAUUCAAGCAUCUUUCUCAGUAGGAGGUCAUUUCCAAUUCAAACAUGAGAAAUCUUGGGAUAUUGCAACAGGUCCCACACCAUAUGAUAAAUAUUUUGACAUUAACAUGGAAAAUCUUAAUGUAGCUCUUUCAACAAUACCUUUUUAUGAAAGAAAUGACUUGGAUAAAGAUUUAUUUAGUGAGAGUGACAUUCAAAUUAUGGAACAGAAAGCUACGAAAUUCAAACAAAAAUACUAUAACGAUAAAAAAUACACAACACCUGAUUUAGAGGCUCAAGAAAAAAUAUUAAAUAUUUUGACAAAAUCUGAUAUUCAUAAUAAAAGUAGUAAUAGCGAUGAGCAUGAUACGAAAUUAGAUGAUGUAACACUAAACCAAAAAGAACAUACAGAUAACAAUCAUGAACAUUCUGAAACAAUCAAUAUUUUCUGUAACAAAACUGUGAUAGAUAAUAAAAAUAAUGACGCAGAAGUAGCUUCAGUAGAUAAAAAAGUACUUCAUGAAUCAGAUAAUGUUAUAAAUAAUGAAAGCAAAAUAUCUAUACAAGAAGAAAAAAAAACCACUGUAUCCAUCGAGACCAAAACAGAUAUGGGAAAAUUACAUAAAUCUAUAAAUAAUGAAGUUGAUGGUAGUGACUUUGAUGGUAUACAAGAGGAUAUUGUUAUUGAAAAAGAAGAUAUUACUAAAGGUAAACCAGAAAUUAUAUUAAAUCAAGAAAAAAUACUCCCGAAGACGAUAGAACUACCAAAAGCACCAAAAGAUUAUUCAAUCGAUAUUCCAAAGGAACCAGCAAAGAAUCCAAUAAUCGAAUCUCCCGAAGAUCUCGAGAAAUGGCUCGACGAUUUCUUAGACGGUUAACAAAUUCAGAGGCGUCGACAAACCACGUCGUGACUUGAAUUCCUUGCCACAGUCGGAUACGUGAAACUAUGUGUGCUUCUUUUUAAUAACAGGGUUUUCUUCGCCAUUAAUGGGUUCAGUUAUGAUCAUUUGUUUUUUCUAAUUGAUUGAGUACUCACGUACAAGGUUAGAAAACAUUGAUACUGUGUAACGAUUUAAUUGAUUAUAUAUAGAAUUACAUAGGCCUAUUAAUACAAGGUGUGGGCAUCUUGAGUUAAAUUUGUAAGGUUGGUUGAUAUUUAUCGCUACUCUUCCGCUUUUUAGGCUUUUAUCGUAAAAUUAGUCUAUAACCUUCCCCAAUAAACUAUCUUGAAAAAAGAAUUAUUCAAAUUGGUAGUUCAAUAUUCGGUCAACCAUACACCGGUUUUAUAAUAUACAUUUUUAGACAUAGCGCGUAUUGCUAAGAGGCUGUUUAUAAAUAUUUAAAUGUAAUGUACAACCGCUUUACACAGCGUACGUAGAACAUACUCUAUAUGACAAACAUACGCUGGGGAUUAACUCUGGCACAUUUAUAAUGCUGGCGAGCUUUUUUUUUAUAGAAUAGGAAGACGGACGAGCAUAUGGGCCACCUGAUGGUAAGUGGUUACCAACGCCCAUAGACAUUGGCAUUGUAAGAAAUGUUAACCAUCGCUUACAUCACCAAUGCGCCACCAACCUCGGGAACUUAGAUUUUAUGCCCCUUGUGCCUGUAAUUACACUGGUUCACUCACCCUUCUAACCGGAACAUACCAAGUACUGCUGUUUUGCGGUAGAAUAUCUAAUGUGGUACCUACCCAGACGAGCUUGCACAAAGCUCUACCACCAGUUAAGCUACUAAUAAAAUAUAUGGUAUGUCAUAUGAGCUAUAUAAAAAAGGAGACGAAUUUUAAUAUGUUUGUACUAUUCGUUUUGUACAAUUAUUGUCAUCAAUAUUACUAGUAUCCAAUAUGGUAAUGUAAAUAAAACACUAUAUAAAUAUAUAUUAAUAAAUGUUUAUUGAAAAACUUA